UCGGCGAGAUCCCGCGGGGCAACGCCCCCUGCCACCUUCCGCGCGCGGGUUCCUGAGCCAUGGGGUCGCCGACGUGGAGGCUCGUGUCCGGGUUUAAUUCAUUGAACAGGACUAAUGUCAUACUGCAGCAUUUGAGAAUGUCUAAGCACACGGAUGCCGCAGAAGUACUGUUGGAAAGAAAAGGUUGUGCAGGAGUGAUAACACUAAACAGACCAAAGUUCCUAAAUGCACUGAAUCUUAGUAUGAUCCGGCACAUUUAUCCACAGCUCAAGAAUUGGGAACAAGAUCCUGAAACUUUCCUGAUCAUUAUAAAAGGAACUGGUGGAAAGGCUUUCUGUGCUGGGGGUGAUAUCAGAGUAAUCUCCGAAGCUGGGAAGGCAAACCAGAAGAUAGCUCAAGAUUUCUUCAGAGAAGAAUAUACACUGAACAAUGCCAUUGGUUCUUGCCGGAAACCAUAUGUUGCUCUUAUUCAUGGAAUUACAAUGGGUGGGGGAGUUGGUCUCUCAGUUCAUGGGCAAUUCCGAGUGGCUACUGAAAAGUCUCUUUUUGCGAUGCCAGAAACAGCAAUAGGACUGUUCCCUGAUGUGGGUGGAGGUUAUUUCUUGCCACGACUUCGAGGAAAACUUGGCUACUUCCUUGCAUUAACAGGAUUCAGGCUGAAAGGAAGAGAUGUGUAUGCAGCAGGAAUUGCUACACAUUUUGUAGAUUCUGAAAAGUUGGGCAUGUUAGAAGAAGAUUUGUUAGCCCUAAAAUCUCCUUCAAAAGAAAAUAUUGCAGAUGUCUUGGAUGCUUACCAUGCCAAGUCCAAGAUUGAUCAAGACAAGUCUUUUAUACUGGAGGAACACAUGGACAACAUAAACAGUUGGUUCUCGGCCAAUACUGUGGAACAGAUAAUUGAGAAUUUACAGCAAGAUGGUUCAUCUUUUGCCCUUGAACAGUUGAAGAUAAUUAAUAAAAUGUCCCCAACAUCCCUAAAGAUCACACUAAGGCAGCUCAGAGAGGGCUCUUCAAAGACCUUGCAAGAAGUAUUUACUAUGGAAUAUCGGCUGAGUCAAGCUUGUAUGGGAGGCCAUGACUUUUAUGAAGGUGUUAGAGCAGUUUUAAUAGAUAAAGACCAGAGUCCAAAGUGGAAACCAGCUGAUCUCAAAGAAGUUACUGAUGAAGAUUUGAAUAAUUACUUUAAGUCUCUGGGAAGUAACGAUUUGAAAUUCUAAGGUGACUACAUUUUUAAGGUAUUAUUUUGGAGCACAUGUUGGCAAACUAUAGUACAUGGGCCAGAUCCGGCUUGCUGCCUGUCGCUGAGUUUUCCACAAACUAAGAAUGAUUUCUGCAUUUUUAAAUGGCUGAGGAAAAACAGAAUCAACUACUAAUAUGUCAUGACACGUGAAGGUUACAUGCAAUUUCAUAUCUGCGCUCAUAAGUGAAUAUUGACUGGCGUGUCACUACACUCGGCUUUUACCUGCUGUCUGCAGCUGCUUUGAGGAGUGCAACAGACACCUUAAGGCCUGCAAAGCCUAAAAUACUAUCAUCCUUUUCAGAAAAUGUUGCCAGCCCGUUUUAUAAAAAUGGGAAAAUUAGGAGGUCUUAAAUAUCUAAUUGAAAUGAGAACCCUAUGUUUUGGUUUUGGGUAGUAGUUUUAUGUUGAUUAAAUAAACAUAUGUAUAGAUUAUUAAAAAAAAAAAAAAACCCUGAAAUUUUUUGGCUAUUUUGUUAAUGCUUCAGAGAAUUUUCUGGAUAUAUAAACCUGUUUUAAAGUAA